GGGCCUCCCCAAUAAAAAAAAGAAGCCCAAGAAAAGAAAAUAACUUGCCGAUUUACCUGAGGAUCAACAUUCACCAGGCAGCUUCAACAAUUUCAAUUUUUCUUCUUCUGGCCGGCCUGUCAAUCAUCUCUCCUUGCAGAUUGAUGCAAACCCAAUGACAACAAAAUGUCUUCAUCAUCAUGGAGUCACUCCUCCCACAUGAGGAGGACCAGAUGCACACUAGGUGGGAAGUUGGAAAACAAACCUGAUCCACUCCUUUCUUUUCUCCCCUCGAUCUGCCGUUGCUCUUCAUUCGGUUCCUUCCAGCUUCGGCUAGAAUUAGUGGCGCUACGUGGCAUGUUGCGCAAGAUGUGGGGCCGCAUUAGAUUGGUCUUAUUCAGGGCCCAAGCAGCGACCGUUACGACGUCCAUGUUUUUACUCUAGAAAUGAUAUUGUCCCUGAAGUGCACCUUCAACUCCUGUGGUGUUGGGAAAGUUGCAAAUAAAUGUCCCUAGUUCUGUUUUAUCGUUUAUGAUGGUUACUUGUAUUUUCUGGAAGUCAAAAAAUAGUUGUGUGUAAUGAUUACUCCUUUAUUGUGCAUUUCUACUGCUAAACUGCAGCAAGCAUUUAGCUAAUUAGCUAACAAUGGCCGUACCCAGGAAAUGCAUCUUCUCAGGAUGUCGCGGGUGACAGAACAUCUUGCUGUCAAUACUUCAAAUUCCAAGCAAGGUGGUGAAGUCAUGGACGACUGCGUCGCCAGUCAGAAGCAGCCCCAGUAGCUUGUUCGCGUAUGAGCUAGCUGAAAAUAUCUCAGCUAACCUGUGAUAUAUUUUUGGGACUCACUGUUAGGUUGUUUUGGCUUAAUAAAGUUGCUAGAUGAAAUAGCAUGCAUGUUUUUGGUAUUAGCAUUUGUAUUUGACCGUUGACAGUGGUUUCACUUUACAGACAAGGCAAUUUUGUUUUAACUGUUGAAAUUUGGCGGGGCUUGUCUUCUCUGUAGUGCAUAAUUUGAAAAUGUUCACUCAGAGGGACUUCAAAAACUUGACAAUUAUGACUUGCCGACUUCAGUUUUGUAUUCUAUUUAUAAAAGGUUAUUGUCAAUUUUCUUUGUUUCAUGGAAGCUGAGGUAACUCCUCCCCUACAACACACACUCGCACACACAUGCUCCUCAGACUUCAUGCGAGCUGCAUACUCCAGCACAAGAACAAGAAGAAGCAGAGGAUGAAGUACGUUCCUGUGGCCGUCUUUGUGUUCUUCUGCUGUUCUCCACCGACAGGAAGUGGAAGCGGCGCUCAGCAGAAGCAGCAUGCGGCACAGGCGGCGACAGGAGGGUUGACGCGGGGGUUGACUUGGCGCCACAACGGGCAAGUCUUCAGCAUCUUGAGUCGGGGGUCCCGCUACCAGCCUCCUACACGGAGCAGGAGCUCUUCCGGUAGCGGUGUGGUGCUACUUGGCAGAGGUAACGAGACCUCUGCCGCAAUCCCAGCUGUCCCACGGAUGCCAGCGACUCAUGGGGCAGCGCAGUUACGAGCUACAGCGCGUCGGCGAUCGCCACUAAAAUCAGACUUAAGUGCAACCCCAAGACCAGAGUCUGCAGAGGACAGGAUGGUCGGAGAUGAUCCGUACAACCCGUACAAGAUGUCCAACUACUAUCCAUACCACAACUACUACAACUCCUACUACAGACCCAGGGCAUGGACCCGACACUGGCAGGGGUAUGGAACCAGGUACCACCAGAAUGGUCUUCCCGAUCUGGUUCCUGAUGCAUACCACAUCCAAGUUGGCUCCUACAUACACAGAAUUCCCAUGUACAACCUACGCUGCGCAGCUGAGGAGAACUGCCUGGCCUCUUCUGCGAGGUCUGCCGGAGAUUACGACACCAGAGUUCUGCUGAGGUUCCCUCAGCGUGUGAAGAACCAGGGAACCGCUGACUUUCUGCCCAACAAAGCUCCGUACUCCUGGGAGUGGCACAGCUGUCACAAUCACUUUCACAGCAUGGAUGAUUUUAGUCUGUACGAGCUGGUGGACGCCGACACCAACAAGGCGAUGGCGGAAGGACAUAAGGCCAGCUUCUGCCUGGAGGACACUUCCUGCGAGGCGGGAUACUACCGGAGAUACGCUUGCACCUCGCACACGCAGGGUUUGAGUCCGGGCUGUUACGACACAUACAACGCUGACAUUGACUGCCAGUGGAUCGACAUCACCGACGUGGCUCCAGGAAGAUACAAACUCAGGGUGACCGUAAAUCCCAAGCAAAGAGUUCAGGAAUCAAACUUUGCCAACAACGUGGUCCACUGUGAUGUCCACUACACGGGAAACGCCGCCCACAUGUCGGCAUGCAAGACCACAACAUAAGGAAGGAAACAUCAUGAUGAGCUGAGAUUCAUCUUGGUGUUAAAAACAUUCAGAUCAUUUUCAAACCUCGACAAACACCAACAUGUACUGUAUUGUAUUUAAUUUGAAUUUUAAAUGACCAUCAAUUAAAUUUAAAGCUGCU